UCUGGGCGGCGGUGGAGUUAUUUCGCUAAUAUCUCAGGCGACGGGAACGCAGGCUGCCGCUGCGGUGGCGGCGACGGGACCUCCUCCAUCGCUGCAGCAGCCCGUGAGAGUACAGCUCUAUCUUCUGCUGUAGUACCGUUUGGGUCGGGCCCGCUUAUUGGGCCGAUGAAGAAGAAGAGGGGGAGGCCGAGGAAAUACGCACCAGAUGGAAGCGUGCUGCCGCUGAACCCUAAGCCGAUCUCGGCGUCUAUGCCACCGGGGGACUAUUCGGCGCCGGCGGUGAUAUCCAUGAAGCGGGGUAGAGGGCGGCCAGGUGGUUUCUUGACGAAGCAGCAGCCGAGCAUCGAGUUGGAAUCGCUAGGGGAGAUGGUCGCAUGCUCUGCUGGUGCAAAUUUCACACCACAUGUAAUCACUGUUGCAGCUGGUGAGGAUGUUACUAUGAAGAUAAUAUCAUUUUCACAGCAAGGGCCUCGAGCUAUCUGUAUUUUGUCAGCUAAUGGCGUAAUUUCCAAUGUUACACUUCGGCAGCCUGAUUCUUCUGGUGGCACGUUAACAUACGAGGGACGGUUCGAGCUUCUCUCUUUGUCAGGGUCUUUUACUCCAAAUGAAAAUGGAGGAACAAGGAGUCGGUCGGGCGGGAUGAGCGUCUCUUUGGCAAGCGCUGAUGGUCGGGUUGUAGGGGGAGGAGUUGCUGGUCUUCUGGUCGCUGCUAGUCCCGUGCAGGUGGUGGUUGGCAGCUUCUUACCAAGUUACCAACUGGAGCAAAAGACCAAACCUAAGCUUGAAGCUACCAGCACCAUCCCGACCGCCGCAGUUCCCAUGUCCAGUAUGGAGAUAGAGGAGACCUACAGCGGCGGGCAAGCGCCCCACAGCUCUUCAACCCCAAAGCCUGUCCUUUCAACCUCAUCUUCAUUUAGAGGAGAAAACUGGUCUGCUUCUCUACAUUCCUCAGCACGGGAUGCCAGGAAUUCCACGACAGAUAUUAACAUUUCUCUACCUGGAGGGUAAAAGUUCAUGCUUCAAUCAAUCCACUGAGGUAUUUUACUGACCAGAGAAUUUUGUGCUCCAUGGCUAAGGUUUUACCUCAAAGCAUAAUGGAGCUAUUCUUCAGAAACUGCAAUUGCUCGUCACUAACGUUGUCUUGUAACACAUCAUUUGUGCAUUUGGUUUCCAAUUUUUAUCAAACAAUGUUGGCGUGAGCCAUGACUCUUUGCUUGUCUGAUUUGCUUCUCUUUUUUUUUAAAAUUUUUUUAAUUAGGUUUUGUGAAAUUUAUAUUUAUUUCUUGUGCUAUUCCAAGUUGAAUUUGAGGCUGUCACAGUAUUUAUU